AUGCCGCCGCGCCGCCGGGGUUCUUCGGGCUACCGCGGCAUCCGCGAGCGCUCCAACGGCCGGUACUCCGCCGAGAUCCGGUCCGGCGAUGUCCGGCUCAGCCUCGGCUCGUUCCGGACCGCGCACGAGGCGGCCCGCGCAUACGACGCGGCAGCGCGCAGCGCGUCGCCCCUCCGCCUCGUCUCAUUAGACCAGGACCGUGCGGACCACGUUCGGCUGCAGCGCCGCCUCCUCGUCGCCGAGGAGGACAAGCGAGCCAUGGCGGAGUCGCGCCGGCGCCACCCGGAGGACGUCGCCGCCGAGAACGCCUUCUGGGCAGAGAGGACGGCAAGGCGCCGCGCGGAGCGUGCCGACAGCCGUCGGCGCAAGGCACUGGCCUUAUCACAGUGCGAUAUCGUCGAGGCAGGUGGGCAGUCGAUCUUCUCCCCCAACGAUCUGCGUUGGGAUGAUAUGUGGCUCGAUACCUCGGACAACACCAUCGAGGAUGAUGAUGGUGAUGAUGAUGACGGCUGGGAGUCACCGUAG